CGCCGGACCCUAGACCAGAACCACGAGGACCUGUGCGGCCUUCAUUCCCGACAGUGAACUUGAUUCGGUUUAAUCCGCUUCACUGGUUGCCACGGUGACGCUCAGCUAUGUGGACUCAGGAAAGAGCCUUUUGUUAGCCACGACGCGCCCCCCCGAACCCCCGAACCCCCGGCACAUCUCCCGUCUAUCGGAAGCAAACCGAGCGUAGAGGUUAGCUUGCGUGCUAGCGCAGGGCUGUCAAACUCAUUUUUGGUUGGUUUGUGACUUCAAAAGCCCAAACGUGCAGAAAAGUAGCGUCAUCAUACAAUGCGUCACUUGAUCGUCGAAACGUAAGCACGUGCGGCACACGUCAUUUCAUUUCCUCCCUUCAUGGAAGCUUCAAUUGAAUGUCGUCUUUUAUGUGAGUGUCAAUGAAAUAAGCUCCAAAGAACGAGAAAGAAGGUUGAGGCUCCCCUCCUCUUCCUCCCCCUCCUCCUCCUCCUCCUCCUCCUCCUCCUCAGUGCACGUGCGCGUGCGUGUGCGUGUGCCGAGCGGCGAGGCUGCUGCCUGUUUUCUCUGGAGCGCCAAGUGAAAGUCAAAACAUCCCGACGGACCAACGAGAGCCGCUCCGGCUCUUCUCUUUUUCGCCGAUGGCGUCGUGAUGCAGUGAAGGCGAGCCGGCGCCGUCGCUUCAGGUGGGAGGGCCAUGGCCGACCCCGCCCACUCGGACCUGAUCGCCAGGCAUUACAACCACACGGGCAAGUUCCGCAAGCGGGACGGGUCGUCUGGCCUGAAGGCCGACUCGGCGGUCUUCCUGGCGGUCUGCUGCCUGAUCGUCCUGGAGAACCUGUUGGUCUUGGCCACCAUCUGGAGGACCAAGAAGUUCCACAAGCCCAUGUUCUACUUCCUGGGCAACCUGGCGCUGUCGGACCUCCUGGCAGGCGUGGUGUACGCCGCCAACAUCCUGCUGUCGGGCGCCAACACGUUCAAGCUGACGCCCACCCAGUGGUUCCUGCGCGAGGGCUCCAUGUUCGUGGCCCUGGCGGCGUCCGUGUUCAGCCUGCUGGCCAUCGCCGUCGAGCGCCACCUCACCAUGUUGAAGAUGAAAGUUCACGACGGGGGGCGAGCCAGCCGCGUCUUCCCUCUCAUCAGCGCCGUGUGGAUGGUGGCGGCCCUCCUGGGCGGCCUGCCCCUCAUGGGCUGGAACUGCAUCGGCCGGCUGAACCGCUGCUCCACCGUGCUGCCGCUCUACCACAAGACGUACAUCCUGUUCUGCACCACCGUCUUCAGCGUCAUCCUGAUGGCCAUCGUGGCGCUGUACGCCCGUAUCUACACCCUGGUGCGCGCCCGCAGCCGGCGUCUGGUGUUCCGCAAGGCGCCCAACGGCGGCAGGAGCUGCGAGCGCUCCAUGGCGCUGCUGCGGACCGUGGUGGUGGUGCUGAGCUGCUUCAUCGCUUGCUGGGCGCCGCUCUUCGUCCUGCUGCUGCUGGACGCCGCCUGCCGCACGCACGGGUGCGCCGUCCUCUACCGAGCCGAGUGGUUCCUGGCCCUGGCCGUCCUCAACUCGGCCACCAACCCGCUCAUCUACACGCUGACCAGCAACGAGAUGCGCCGCGCCUUCCUGGAGACGCUGCUGUGCGGAUCCGCCCGUCUCCGCGCAGCCGCCGAGUUCAGCCGCAGCAGGUCGGAGAACUCCUCGCGCCCCGACAGGGAGGAAGCGCGGGUGUCGCCCCCGGUGGCCGGGGCGGCCGAGGCGGGCCCUUCCUCGUCCUGAAAGGGCGCCGGCUACGCGGACACAGACUGACCUUCGCCCCGCCUCCGAAAGUAGUUUGACUUCCAGCCCCGCUACCGCCGCCCCCUCCUCAGCCUGUCCGUCCAUCCGGCCCGCUGCUCUUGAAUUUGUCGCGUGACCCUGCAGGCGGUGUUGGCUAGUAACUAAUUACAUGUAACGAGAUCAUUAGAAAAUGUACGUCUCUGUAAUCCAUUAGAUUACGGGGAGAAAGUGUGCCAUUAAAUAACUGUUGCGUUUGGAAA